AUGAACGAGGAUGAAGAGAAUCUGGUUUUAUUUGAUGUAAAACCAAUACAAGCUCUUCAUCCAACAAUAGACGGUACAACUCAUAAAUCAGGACUACUGGAGAUAGAAGGUUUCUCUAGGUUUAUCAGGAAUACUGCAGAGAUACAAGGGUUACCUAGGUUUAUUAGUAAUACUACAGAGAUACAAGGGUUACCUUGGUUUAUCCGUAAUACUGCAGAGAUACAAGGGUUACCUAGGUUUAUCAGGAAUACUGCAGAGAUACAAGUGUUACCUAGGUUUAUCAGGAAUACUGCAGAGAUACAAGUGUUACCUAGGUUUAUCAGGAAUACUGCAGAGAUACAAGGGUUACCUAGGUUUAUCAGGACUACUGCAGAGAUACAAGGGUUACCUAAUUGUAUCAGGAGUACUGCAGAGAUACAAGGGUUACCUAGGUUCAUCAGUAAUACUGCAAAAAUACAAGGGUUACCUAGGUUUAUCAGGAAUACUGCAGAGAUACAAGGGUUACCUAGGUUUAUCAGUAAAACUGCAAAAAUACAAGGGUUACCUAAGUUUAUCAGGACUACUGCAGAGAUACAAGGGCUACCUAGGUUUAUCAGGAAUACUGCAAAAAUACAAGGGUUACCUAGGUUUAUCAGGAAUACUGCAGAGAUACAAGAUAUUGGUUUAUCAGGACUUCUAGAGAUACAAGGAUUACCUAGGUUUGUCAAGACUACUGGAGAUACAAGGUCUUCCUAG